CCAAUUGGUUCGUUCAGGCGUGUGACGUUGUCGCUGCUCGGACGGCUGAAGCCUUUCGAUUGGCUCGGGGAAGAGGACCGGAAAGACAAUACAGGAGCCGGAAGGAGUGGAGGCGAAAAAUCACCAUAGCAGGCUCAACAUGGAGUCUGAAGAUGCUGUCUCUCCUGAAAAAUUAGUUGAAAACUUGACACUCUCAGAAGAAAAUAACAGCCAAGAGGCCAAUUGCAAUGAUGUACAUAACCACAAAUUUGGAAAAGAGGGAAUGAAUCAGUUUUCUGACUCGGAGACCAGAGAAGAUGAGGACCUCUUCCAUGACUGUAAUGACUCCUUUGAAUCAGAAGUGGUAGAGGAGAAUCACAAUGACAAGGUAGAUAAUUCAGAGAUUCAAGCAGAACCAGAUGAAAAAGAUUUACUAGAACUGGAGAAAGAUAUGUCAGAGGAAGAAAAACAGGAAAGAAGAAACAAGAGCAUAAAAUUAAAAGAAGAAGGAAAUGAACAAUUUAAAAAAGGAGACUAUAAAGAAGCUGAAGAUUCCUAUUCAAAAGCCCUGCAGGUUUGUCCAGCCAGUUGUAAGACAGACAGAUCUAUUUUGUAUUCAAACAGAGCUGCAGCAAGAAUUAAACAGGACAAGAAAGACAUUGCCAUAAGUGACUGCAGCAAAGCCCUGGAAUUGAAUCCAAAUUAUAUCAAAGCACUACUGAGGAGAGCAGAGCUCUAUGAAAAAACAGACAAACUAGAUGAAGCCUUAGAAGACUAUAAAAACCUGCUUGAAAAAGAUCCAUCAAUCCAUCAAGCAAGAGAAGCCUGUAUGCGACUGCCAAGACAAAUAGAAGAACGUAAUGAAAAACUUAAAGAAGAGAUGCUGGGUAAACUGAAAGAUCUUGGAAAUUUGGUUCUGCGUCCUUUUGGCCUCUCAACUGAGAAUUUCCAGGUGAAGCAGGAUUCAUCAACUGGCUCAUACUCUAUUAACUUUGUUCAAAAUCCAAAUAACAAUCGGUAACAUAAACCCAUCCCCUUGCUGGUUAAAACUUUGGCGUUUUCACAGAUGAAUGCAAAAAUGGAUGAAUAAACAUCUAAUAUAUAACAUCUUUACUGAAAUGGAAAAAAAAAUUGAACAUAGUCCUAUGCAUUUUCUCCUGUGGGGAACUCUUAAGUGUGGACAACAGAAGGAAGUAACCUGACCUUUACAGUAAUAUACGUUAUGUGGCCACUCUGCUUUACCCCUAGUAAGGAAGAGGAGUUUGAUAUUGCUAAAUAGAAAAAUCGAACGCAUCCAUGCCUGUUAUUAAAAUACAGACAUUUUAUGUUUUGUGGUUUGAAAGUGUUUUUUGUGUGAAUGAGAGAGAGGAUUUAUCUUUCUGUUCUGAGAAUAUAUCUUGAGUGUAAUAAAACAUUGAUGGUAUUGUGUGCUA